UGACAUAGACAAAUAAUAAAGAUUUUGAGUAAAAUAUACCUCCAUGGUCCAAAAAGGACCAAAACCAUUGAACCACUCGUCUCGUCUCUUCCACAUAAAACAAGAACAACAACCAAAAAACGAUGUGACAUAUACUUAGAAACAAGCUCCAUAUCAAUAAUCAAAAACACGAAAGCCAAAAUAAAAGAGAGAAAAAGAAGAUAAGUUGUUCUAUGUUCCUGAAAUGGGAUUAAACGAGCAACAAAAUGUUCCAAGUCAGAGGAAGAUCAUAGUUUUUAUAGUCUUAGCUUUUAUACCAAUAGCUCUGUUUCGACUCUGUUUUAAUAAUCCAUUCUCCUCCAUUAAAGACACCUCUCUUCAAGACUCUGCAGCUAACGUUGUGAUCACUAGCUUCUCUUCAUCUUCUCAAGAAGAAGAAAGCCAAGAGAGUUUUGAUCAUAUACAAGAUGAACCUUUAUGCGAUUAUACGCAAGGGAACUGGGUCAGAGACGAGAUUGGUCCACUCUACAAUGGUUCAACAUGUGGAACAAUCAAGGAUGGUCAGAAUUGUUUCCGCCAUGGUAGACCUGAUUCCGGUUAUCUUUACUGGAAAUGGAAACCAAACGAAUGCGAUAUACCGAGAUUCGACUCGAACCGGUUUCUUGAUCUUAUGAGAGAUAAGCAUCUAGCUUUUAUCGGUGAUUCCAUGGCUAGAAAUCAGCUUGAGUCUCUUUUAUGCUUGCUCUCUACCGUCUCUAGCCCUGAUCUCGUCUAUAGAAACGGAGAAGACAAUAAAUUCAGAAGAUGGCGUUUCGAGUCACACAACGUCACUGUCUCGGUUUACUGGUCCCCGUUUUUGGUGGCCGGUUUAGAGAAAUCGGGAAACUUGGACCACAAUGUAUUGCACAUAGACCGCGUGGAUGAGAGAUGGGGCAAUGAUUUAGAACGUUUUGAUACGGUCGUAGUCUCUGUGGGACAUUGGUUUCUGCAUCCAGCGGUUUACUACGAGUCUGGUUCGGUUUUGGGAUGUCAUUCUUGUGAAACAAGUAACUGUACCGAGGUAGGGUUUUAUGAUGUAUUUAGAAAAGCGAUAAGAACAACGUUGAGAGCGGUUGCUGGAAGUGGUCGUGAGGUGAUCUUGACGACAUUUUCGCCAUCACAUUUUGAAGGACGGCCUUGGGACAGUCUCGGCGCAUGUAACAUGACCAAGCCGUACGAAGGGAAGGUUUUAGAAGGUCUGGACUUGGACAUGCGCAAAAUAGAAAUUGAGGAAUAUACGGCGGCUGCGGCUGAGGUGAGGUUAGAGGUGUUGGACGUGACGGCUAUGUCGGUACUGAGACCAGACGGACAUCCUGGUCCGUACAUGUACGCGGACCCGUUCAAGAACGGUGUACCGGAGAGAAUUCCUAAUGAUUGUUUGCAUUGGUGUCUACCUGGUCCUGUCGACACGUGGAACGAGAUCAUGAUCGAGAUGUUGCGGCGAUGGAAGGUUUAAAUGAUGAACAUUGAUUGUUGAAGAUCCUAUGAUAUCAUUCAUUUACACGCAUAUGACAAAAGAACAAAAUGUGUAAUAAUUUUUUGGGAUUUCAAAAAGUAGCUAGGUAGUUUAUUUUCUUGGAUUAGAUACGAAAAAAACAGACAUGGAUGAUACUCUUUUUUGUUGGUUAUUUCUUCCGUUCUUCAAACCAUGGAGGAGUACAAAAAAUAGUUGAACAUUUAUUUAUUUUUUGCAAUAUAUUCAAAUUAAGUAAUUACAUGUCAUGUAUACGUAGCUUUUUCUUGAUUUGGAAUAAUCUUUCAAUUAUUGGCA